UUCGUACUUACCAUAAUCUAAUGAUUUUUAACAAUCAGAAUGUGAUCGUAUUUCUGCUUAAAUACUAUAAUUGACCGGAAUUAUUCGGCAUAAUUUUGCGAGGUGUGGGUGGAUUGCUCUACUUGAUGAAGCAAGAAAUAGACAGUAGAGUGGUGUUUACACGACAUCCUUAUCGGGCUGCUGUAGAGUGCGUAUCCAUUCCAAUCAUCUCGUAAACCGCUGAAUUUCCGGAUGGUACAGUAGGAGAUAAAUGAUGAUAUAGCACGUAAAUAUUCCACUGGAUAUUGCCAUUGGAGUGGAGAGUUGGCCAUAAAUAUUAGAUUGGGGUUAAAUGAACAUACGGGAAAAGAGGCGCGCCAGCUGGAGAUCGCACUGAGCAAGUUGAUUUAUUUACCAAUGUUUUGGAGUAGAUGUAGUAAUUCCGACUGGAGCACCGGAUGAGCUGAAUUACAUCUUGCAUCUCCAUUCGUUUCAGGAACAACGCACUUUAACCCGGCGUUAUGCUGUAUCGAUGCCUUGAGUUGUAAAUAAAAAGCUUUUCUGAAAUCGAACCCGAGGAGUUUUGUUUAUUGUUCCCUUUGACAGUUGGACGAUCCUCGUUGGUUAAUCGAUUUGUCGUCUAAGAGCGCAGCUUGGUGUCAACAGAUGGAAUGACUGACCAUGACAAGUCUGUGUUAAACACACCCUGUCCGAUUAAUGUCGGCUGACAUGUCGCCGAACGAUUCCCUUUUCGCGACAUUGUAUCUGCACGGUGAUGAUUCCAUGGGAAAAAAUGACAGGAAACGGCUACAAAUCCGGGAAAAUGAAGCCAGCCGUCAGAAUGGACCAAUCGUGGUUAAUGCGCUAUCUGCGCGCCGCAGCCCUGUCACGGAGCAUCGUGUUGACCUUUAUCGUUGGACUGCUGUCACUCUUGCUGCUGGGAUGGUGGGUGGCGGUCAAACCCGACGAAAUCGCUAUGAAAACUACACCAAACGGCCGUGCUGACGAUAUCGGCGGGCCGGAUCCAGUGAUUGAACUGCCCCGGCCCGUCAGUGUCACUACGACGUUGCCACGGUUAAAAUACGAACCCAAAGUGUUGGUGUUUGCGGAAACGCAGUAUUCGCCGCUGGGAAGGGAUAUUGUGACGGUGUUGGAAGCGGUGCGGAAGAAAUUCCGGGUGGAGCUGGGUGGGAAGAAUGUGCCGGUGUUGACGUCGGAGGAUCGGGGAAAGUUCAGUCUGAUUGUUUUUGAAAAUGUGGAUAAGUAUUUUAAAAUGGAUAAAUGGAACCGCGACUUGCUGGAUCGGUAUUGCCGUGAAUAUCACGUGGGAAUUAUCGGAUUUCCACCGUUGUUGGAGCACACGCUGAUCGGCGCCACGGUGCCCAAUAUGCAGAUGCUCAUGCACACCAAUGUCCAGCUGCAGGAUUAUACUGUCAAUGUAGCGAGUCCUGUACUGCAUCUCACUAAAGGGGGACAAAGUUUAGAAGGCGUUUUACCAGGAGAUGAUUGGACGGUUUUCGUUCCAAAGCACGAAACGUAUGAGAUCGUCGCGUGGGCUCUUCUUUCGUCGCCAUUGAAUUCGACGCCGAGCGCUAACAGCACGCAGUUGCCGACAGUGGUAUUAGAUACCGGUAAACUCGACGGAGUGCGCCGCGUGUUCUUCGGGCAGUCGUUGAAGUUUUGGUUGCAUAAGAUGUUGUUUCUGGAUGCGAUGGGUUAUCUGAUCAAUGGCGGACACCAGCUGAUGCCCUUGACGCGCUACAUCCUCAUUGAUGUGGAUGACAUUUUCGUGGGACGGAAAGGGACCCGUAUGAACAUCAGCGAUGUUCAGGCCAUGAUUUCGACGAUGAUGCGAUGGAGAAAAACCGUAGCGGGUUUUCGGUUUAAUUUAGGAUUCUCGGGAAAAUACUUUCAUGCUGGAUUUGAGGAAGAAAAUAAGGGGGACGAUUUACUGCUAGCUAAUGCGUCCAAGUUCUGGUGGUUCUGUCAUAUGUGGGGACAUUCGCAGCCACAUCUUUUUAAUGCCAGCACCGAUGUAAUCAUUCGGGAAAUGCAGCUGAAUUAUCAGUUUGCGAAGGAAAAUGGCAUUCCAACGAAUUCGGGCUACGUUAUCUCGCCGCACCAUUCUGGCGUGUAUCCGGUACAUGAGCCACUGUACGAUGCCUGGCGGCGCAUCUGGAAUGCACAAGUGACCAGCACGGAAGAGUAUCCCCAUUUCAAGCCGAUGCACAUCCAUCGGGGAUUUAUUUAUCGCGACAUCCGCGUCCUACCGCGACAGACAUGCGGUCUGUACACGCACACCAUCUUUCUGGAAAGCUAUCCGGGUGGAAAAGAGCGAUUAGAACGGAAUAUCUUGGGUGGCGAUCUCUUUAUGACCUUCCUUUAUAAUCCCAUCAACAUCUAUAUGACCCACUUGUCUAAUUAUGCAAAUGAUCGUUUGGCGCUCUACACCUUCGAAAAUCUCUUUCAGUUUAUAGGCAAAUGGACUAAUUUGGAGCUGCGAUCCGCACCGCCCCUGGAGAUGGCCAAAUUGUAUUUCCACAUGUUUCCGGGUGAUGUGGAUCCGGUGUGGCACAAUCCCUGCGAUGACAAACGCCACAUGCAGAUCUGGGCCAGCAGCAAGUCCUGUGAGCGACUGCCCAAAUUCCUCGUGGUCGGUCCACAGAAAACUGGCACCACGGCGCUUUACAGCUUCUUGUCCAUGCAUCCGGCCAUUAGGAGUAAUUAUCACAAUCCUGAGACCUUUGAGGAAGUGCAGUUUUUCAGCGGCAAGAAUUACCAUAAAGGAUUGGACUGGUAUAUGAACUUCUUUCCCUUGCCGGAUAAUUCUUCUGCUCAGUAUUUGUUCGAGAAAAGUGCCACGUAUUUUGACGGUGAAUUAGUGCCAGUGCGUGCCUUUUCCCUGAUUCCUCGUGCCAGUAUUAUUGUGAUUGUCAUCGAUCCCGUACGACGAGCCUAUUCGUGGUAUCAGCACAUGCGAGCGCAUGGCGAUCGCACAGCCCGGCAACACAGUUUCUUGGAUGUGAUAUCGGCGUCUCGGGAUUCUCCGUUGCCAUUGCGGAAUCUGCGUAACCGCUGCUUGAAGCCGGGCGAGUAUGCGGUGCAUAUUGAGAAAUGGCUGGAUCAUUAUCCCGCGAAUCAGUUGCUCAUUUUGGAUGGUGAUGAACUGCGACGCAGUCCCGUGUCGGUGAUGCACAAAGUGCAGCGCUUCCUCAAAAUUAAGCCUUUCAUAGAUUAUACGGAUCUUCUAAGAUACGACGCGAAAAAAGGGUUUUAUUGCCAAGUGGUGAAUGGAGAGAGUAAUCGCUGUUUGGGCCGCAGCAAGGGGCGUCGAUACCCGCCCAUGGACGCGGAAGCGGAGAAGUUCCUGCAGCAUUAUUAUCAGCCCUACAAUGUUGCCUUACAUAAAGUGCUGACGAGGCUCAACCAACCGGUUCCUCUUCCUAGAUGGUUGCAAGCUGAUCUGCACUGAUCAGUCGAGUUUUUAAUUUUUUAUCGUUGAUGUUCCUAAGUCGCUUUGCUUGUUGAAUUUUAAAAAUGGAAAAUGGUUUCGAUCUAGAUGUCCCUGGAUGUCUGCAGACGAAAAAGAAAACUUACAUUCCAACACGACGCAUAGAGAUAGAAAAUGUACA